AUGCGGGUGCCCCUGGGCGCGCUGGCCGGCGCGGCGGCGCUGACCGGGGCGCUCAGUUUCGUGCUCCUGGCGGCCGCCAUCGGCACGGACUUCUGGUACAUCAUCGACACCGAGCGGCUGGAGAGGAGCGGCCCGGGGGCGCAGGACCUGGCGGGGGCCGCCAACCGCAGCCAGCUCGAGCCUCUGAGCUCGCACUCCGGCCUCUGGCGGACCUGCAGGGUCCAGAGCCCGUGCGCGCCGCUGAUGAACCCCUUCUGGCAGGAGAACGUGACGGUCAGCGACUCGAGCCGACAACUUCUCACCAUGCACGGGACGUUUGUGAUUCUGCUGCCGCUCAGCCUGAUCCUGAUGGUUUUUGGGGGGAUGACAGGGUUUCUGAGCUUCCUCCUCCGAGCCUCCCUCCCCCUGCUGCUCACGGGGAUCCUCUUCAUCUUUGGAGCCUUGGUGACUCUCGCUGGCAUCAGCGUCUACAUCGCGUAUUCGGCUGCCGCUUUCCAGGAGGCCCUGUGUCUCCUGGAGGAGAAGGCCCUGCUGGACGAGGUGGACAUCCGCUUCGGCUGGUCCCUGGCCCUGGGCUGGAUCAGCUUCGUCGCCGAGCUGCUCACGGGGGUGGCCUUCCUGGCGGCAGCCCGCGUGCUCAGCCUGAGGCGGAGCCAGGACCAGGCCGUGUGAGCCCGA